CAUUCUUUGAGAAAAAAACCCUUCGGAACAUUUUAGAGCCGCCAUUUACUGACUUUGCUGCGGAACCCGUAUGCGCCAUCAAGCUACCGUGACCAUUUCCACCCUGAUCAACGUUCCUUACGUAACCAUUGCCUUGCAGAAUACUCUACAUCGCAGAACAUUGCUUCAUAUUCGUGGUGAAAUUUGAAGUUGGUAUCAAGCAUAACUCUCAGCACAAAGCUAACACAUAACCAUCCUUGUAUUAGACUGUAUUAACACCAAACAUUCCAAUAAUGGCUGCCUAUUUGUCUCAUGUUUCAUGCUCAGCCACCUUUACCUCCUCGGCAUCAAAAAACUCAUUCUCCCCAUCUCCUCUCUCCCCUUCCUCCAUCAAAGUCCCCACCUUCUCCCCUUUGACCGUCAAACCCUUCAGUUCCAUGUUCACCCCACAUGCGGCACAUGCCAUCACCCUUACUGCACAUGCCACCUCCACACCCUCCUCUAUUCCUUCUGACACCUCAUCAACAACAACCUUCCAUGGCCUUUGUUAUGUCAUUGGGGAUAAUAUUGACACAGACCAAAUAAUUCCUGCAGAAUACCUUACAUUAGUUCCAUCAAACCCAGAUGAGUAUGAGAAAUUGGGCUCAUACGCUCUUGUCGGCCUCCCUUCAUCAUAUGCCACGCGUUUUAUUGAACCAAAUGAGACUAAGACAAAAUACUCCAUUGUGAUAGGUGGUGCUAACUUUGGCUGUGGGUCCUCACGUGAGCAUGCACCUGUGGCACUUGGGGCUGCAGGGGUGAAGGCAGUGGUGGCUGAAUCAUAUGCUAGAAUAUUUUUCAGGAAUUCUGUUGCAACAGGGGAAGUUUAUCCAUUAGAAUCAGAUGUGAGAAUAUGUGAGGAAUGUACGACUGGGGAUGUUUUGACAAUUGAGUUGGGGAAGAGUCGUUUGAUCAAUCAUACCACUGGCAAAGAGUAUAAAUUAAAGCCCAUUGGGGAUGCAGGGCCAGUCAUUGAGGCUGGAGGGAUCUUUGCAUAUGCAAGGAAAACAGGAAUGAUUCCAUCUCAGUCUUAAGUAAAAUGCAGGGGAUUUAUAGGAGGAGCACUCUAUUUUGGCUUCUUAGAUUACUGGUGACACAAGUUAUUGGCUCCUAAUUGUUUAGGCACCUGAGAUUGAUGCUCUCAUCCUUUUUCUCUUGUAUCAUCCCGCUUCUGUUGAAAAAUAUUUGCAGUCAUUUCAUGUUUUCAUAUUUGUAUCUGUUCUAAGCUGAACAUCUAGGCAGUUGUUCACACAGUCUAAUAUUCUCUUUGUUUGAGGAUCACCCUAGUUUCUAUCAAUGUUUUAGAAUAAAUAAGUGUCAUUGAUCUUUUAGUUAUUAAAUGUUGUUAAAGUUUUACGUAUAGGCAGAUAAUCUAAUGGUUCAGAUUGAAUUAUAAAGUUCAUACCUGCUGUUUUUGGUAGCAUUGUAGCAUUAUUAUUUUUAAAAAAAUCUAUUGGGAAACUCAAUAUAGUAAUGUAGAAAACAGCUGUUAAUAGUGAGGAUUAUGACAAAUUUUGUUUUACAAUUGAGAGCUAAUGAUUCCGUACCAAUUAU